CAUCCCUAUCAUCCCCAACAUCUACCGUUCGACCACCACGCCUAGAACGACAUUAUCCAACGCUCAAAAGGACCCCGUAGCCCUGAAAUUUUCUAAAUGACAACUUCCAAGAUGCCUCAAUCAGCAGGCAGAGCUUUCUCCCAAAAAGACCUCCCCCCGUCAGUUGAAACCGCAUACUAUCGGAAAUGCAUCGAACUGCGCCGACGCAUCAAUGACAUUGAAGAGAACAAUGACGGCACCCGUCUGCGGAUCAAGCGCCUCAACCGCACCAUCACAAAGAUGCGCCUCGAGCGCGCCUUUCUCCUUGAGCAGCUCCACAAACACAUGGAAUACAAUGUCGAUGAUUCAGACCGAAGUAGCAGUCCGCCGCCGACACCUACGGAUAAACCGCUAAGAAGCAAGCGAAGCCAUCGGAAGACUACGCCUACUGGUGGUACGCAUCUAGGGAGCGGGCUGCCUGGCGCACAGCAUCCAAGUCCCUCAGGUGGUCAGCAGCAGCAGAUCUCGCAUGCCUUGAACCCACUGUCCUCGGCCCAGAGUACCCCAGACCCAAGCCGCUCAAAUCCCUUCUUCAGCACAAUCCCCCCUGCUGCUUCAUCACCUCAUGCCGUGAAUGGAACUGGCCAGCCCGUCCUCCCGCCCCUUCAUCCAUCCCACCUGCAACCACUCCACCCACAACGACCUGCGCACGGUGUUUCGGAUGCUCCACGAGGCACAUUCUUCGAUGCCGCAUAUGACGAGCAGCGGCCUGCCGAGCAUGAUCCCGAAUAUACCGGUCGACGACGCGCUCAUUCAAGCGCACACCCUCCACCAGCCGAAGCUAUUGAAGGCCAAAAUGGUGAACGGAGAGACCAAGACACUGAGAUGGGCGAUGCUCCUCCAGCUGACGCAGCAGGCUUCACGGCGGUGAACAGGUAGUUGCGGAGCACGCCUUGUUCCUUUCUACCUCUUACAGCCCUCUGUGUCUUAUGCCAUGGUUGAUCUGGUCUAGACUUUAUUUCGAGCGUUCUCGAUAUUCCCAUUGUCCACACCUCCAUCCUCUGCAUGCACAUUCUGCGUAUGCACAUUCUUCGGCUUGGCCAAUUCCACCUCCCUUUCCAACAACGCAUCCUUGCCACCUCUUGAACGCCCGCGCCCACUGGCUUUACGAAUUACCAAAACCAACCUAUCUCUACCCAAUACCACCGUGCUCCACCAAUCCCUCCCCACCCUAUCCAACGCGGCGUCAUAGCCGACCCCCACUCAUUCAUCCCUGUGGACCCCACGAACUAUAUC